AUGUUUCUCUCAAAAGUAUUUAGAUGUGCUACUAAGGUUAAUAAUAUGAAUAAAAUGUUUAAUCUAGCACCAUGUGUUAUGCAGCAUCAAACCAUAAGACAGAAGAGUGAUUUGUAUGAACCGGAUUAUUUAAUUAGUAUGGAACCAGAUGAGCCUGUAUAUGACUGUUUAAAUUUACAAAUAAAAGGAUAUGAUUACACUUUGCUGGAGAUGUGUCAAAAGAAAAUUCACAGAUAUGCUGAGGUGAUGGGCAUUCAAGUAGAAGAGUGUUGGGCUACACCAGCAAAACAAUUAAAAAUUAAUCGGUUUAAGCCAAAUGGAACUGCUGUUGAUGCAGAGUACCACUUAAAUAUUUAUGAAAGGAAUGUUCAGGUUGUAGAUGUCCCCGCGUGGGCUUUGGGUACUCUUCUUCGUGUUUCCCGUGCUCUCCUACCUGAAGGUUGUACAUUAAAUGUCCAUGAACACACUAUAGAGCAUGAAGAUAUUCGCUAUGUACCUGACAAUGAAUUACUUGACUUAAAACAACAGUUGGAAGAUAUGGGAGGCGCGCGCCCUGAGAAGAAAAGGAGAAGAUAG